AUGAUCGACUACGAUAAUGUGUUCUUCAACAUCUCGGCCUUCAUCGCGGGGUUGUUCGUGUUGGAGUUUGGUGCCGACAAAUUCAUUGACCACACGGCGAAAGUUGCUGCUCGAUUGCGGAUUCCACCGACGCUGAUAGCACUAUUAACUGCUGGAGCAGAAUGGGAAGAGUUGGUUGUUGUCGUGGCUUCGAUAUCUCAACACCAGUCGCCACUCGCCCUGGGCAACAUUCUUGGAAGCAGUAUCUCGAAUAUUUUGGGAGCCUUUUCCCUAGGUCUGAUUUUCUCUCCUGCGAGCAUUGCGUUCGACAAGUCUGCGAAGAUCUAUACUGGAGUUCUGCUGGGUCUGACAACAUUCUUUACGCUGUUCAUCCUGUUCUUCCAACCCCUAGGACGAUUCGGUGGAGGACUCUUGAUUGUUACGUUUGUGGCAUAUUUCGUCUCGAUAGCAUGGGCGAUAUACCAGGGAAUUGUGGAGCCUCCAGAGCCGGAGAGUGAUUCGGACAGUGACAGCGACUCGGAUUCUUCAGACUCAAACUCGGAUUCCGACUCGGACUCAGAUGAAGAAUCAUCCAUUCCUAUGAAGAAAAGCCCACCACACCUAAAGCUUCCUCAUUCUCGCUCUCACUCCAGCAGUACCACGACCCUGAUCCACGAUGCCAACACUCCACCCACCGCCGACUCGCCCACAGACUCGGACAAAGACUCGUACACCAAGUCCACCUCCCAUACAAUCUCAGCCCUCCCAACCUCGCCCACGUCCGCCACUCUCCCCGACGACAUGUUUGACGAAAUAACCCUCAACAACGUCAGAACCAUAACCGCCAAGAACGACAACCCCUCCAAGAAACACAGCACACCAUACCACCUCGCCCACCUCACCCUCGGCUUCCUUGCCCUCUCCCUCUCAGGCUACAUACUCUCGCACACCGUCUCCACCCUCGCAACCUCCUUCUCCCUCUCCUCCACCAUUCUCGGAACAACCCUCCUCUCCCUCGCCACCACCCUCCCCGAGAAACUCGUCUCCAUCGUCUCCUCCCGCCGCGGCGAAAAUAGCAUCAUGAUCGCCAACACCGCCGGUUCCAACAUCUUCCUCGUCACCCUCUGCGCCGGCGUGCUCUUCCUCUCCGGCGACCUCUCCGCCCUGAAGGACAGCGUGAGUCUAUUCGAGGUAGGCUGCAUGUGGGGCAGCAGCGCCGUCUUAUUCGGCAUCGUCAUGACUGGGGGCAAGAAAUGGAUGGGCUACAUCCUGUUCGCUGCAUAUUUAGCGUUUAUCGUUUUGGAGUUUACGGCUGACAGGAGAUGA